UUUUGAAAUAAGCUUCUGCUGUCAGAGGAUUUAGAAAUAAGCAAGAAAAACUGAGAGGAGGAUGGCUUCAUUUUCACUGUUGAGGCUUUUUCUUCUUUCUUUGACACACGCAGCAGCUGGACUUCAGCCAUCUGAUCAUUUAACGUUUUCUACAUUAGGAGGUCGUGUCACUUUGCCAUGUGACAUACACUCCCAUACUCCGUCCUGCUCCUCUAUUAACUGGAGCGUCUCUGGAGAGGUUAAAUCGGAUCCUCGGGUGGUGAAGGCCGGAAGAGUGACGGCUCCAAACGACCUCCGGCUUCGUCUCCUGAAGGACUGCUCUCUGGAGAUCAGUCAGCUGGUGCUCGAUGACGCCCGACUUUACUCUUGUGACAACGGAGCAUUCAGUUCCAGUGUUUCGCUUUGGAUUCUUAAAGUUAAUGAGAACUUGACUGCAGUAAACAACAUUGAGCUCGAGUGUUUCCUCAGUACAUAUGUAGGACUUGUGCCUUGUAACACCAAGGGAGUACAUAUCAAGUGGAUUGCUGAAGACGGCACACCAUUAACUGGAGGGAGAUUUCACCCUCAAACUCCCAGUGAUUGCUUCUCUAAACUGACCUUCACUAAAAAACCGACAGACCAUCACAGAAAAUGGAAAUGCCAGCUGUUUCAGGAUGACACGCUCAAGGCCACCGCCAGCUACACAACAGCCGUCAAAGAUGGUAUAGAGGAAGUGUUCACUGCAGCCGGUGAGUCAGUGUCACUCUCUUGUAGCAGCACUUCCUCUCUCGGGGUGGGUGGCAGCGUGGCGUGGGCUGUGGGGGAAAGGCUGCUGACGGAUGAUAACUCACCCUGUAAGGGCCGGUGUCAUGUGAAUACAGACUCAUCGCUGGUGAUCAGCAAAGUUAGCGCUCUGCACGCUGGGGAAUACCGGUGUUCAGAGUCCGCCGAUCGGCAUAAAGUGUUGAACAAAAUCUGGCUGUACACCCUCGAUGUCACUUCAGACCGUGGUCCAGGAGGAGAUAACCUCACGCUGACUUGUGUGCUCACCUGCUCAAAAGAAUGCAAAAAUGACUUCAAUUUAACUUGGUCUGAAGCUGGCCAGCCCAGCUGGCAGAGCGGGUUGCUGCACGAGAAUAACACUCUCAUAAAAAGGAUAUUUGUCCCGGUUCUGUCAACGGCAUCAGGUGAACUGACCUGCACGGUGCGUAGAGAGGGCGCUGUGGUGGCAUCAAAGAAGUGGCACACCGUCAACCCUCUGCAAACACCUGCGUGGUUAGCCCUCCCACUGGGGCUCCUUAUAUGUAUCACUGCUGGAGGACUCUGGGUGUACAUGAAGAGAAAACACAACAAGGAUGCAGGAAAUGACCGGUCGAAUAUUGGAAUGACUCAUGUUUACGACCUGAUCGAUGAUAAAAACAAUGAGGAGCAACACCAGCAAGGGCGAGUCACCACCACUGACAGUUUCUACGAUUUAUUACAGGCUGUUAACUAGAACUAAAUAAAGGAGUGUUUUUCCCCUAUUGAUUUAAAUCUUGAUAAGUCAUUUGCAGUAAAAAAUAAAAUAAAAUAAAGCAAUUAAUCUGCUUGUAAAA